AGGGUUGUAUGAUUCAUUGGUUGUUAUCGCGAAAAAAUGGUUCGCACCGACUGGGAUCGGAUACUAUCCGUAAACGCUUCGUCUUUAACGGACGAAGAAAUCGAAGAUCUUUUUCCCGCAGUGGUCCGAUGUGACGUGGACGAGAUUACUGACAUACACGGUCUGCGGACGCUCGUGAGACUGGGACAAGAAAUGUUGACUUAUAAAGAUAAUCAAGUUGAAGCUUUGCUUCUUGAAUGUGGCGAAUUAAAAGAAACAAUAGCAUCACUACGUCCAGAAACUGCCAAACGAAAAACCAAAGAUCGUGAUAUGACUGUAGUAAAACAAGAACAUGAUAGUUUUAAGGAUAUAGACUUAAGGGGAUAUUCAGAAACACAAGGCAAAAGUGAAAAAGUUAAAACACUGAUGGCUGAACUAGAAAAUUUGGACAAAGAAAAUGGGAUUCUUAAGGAGCAACUAACAACAUUGAAAGAUGAAAUGGAAGAUGCAACAGAAAAAAUGAAUGAAAUGACAGAAGAACUUCAUUCAACUCAAAUUAAAGCUGUAGAAUAUAAAGAAAAGAUAUUAAAAUUAGAGCAAGAAAAUGCAGCUUUGAUUAUUCAGAUUGAAGAAAUAACAGCACAACAAAUAGACAGAGAUAAAAUGUUGGAUGAAUUUGGAAUAGCUAUUGAUGCUAGAAUAGCUGAAUGGAAGGGCGUAUUGGAUGAGAAGGAGAUGGAGAUAACACGUUUGAAAGAGAGCUUGUCGCGCUCUUUAAAGCAAUCGAUUACAUCAGUCAAAGAAGAAAAUAAAACACAGAUUGUUUAUCUAAAUGACGAAAUAGCUCGUAGGGAUGCGAUUAUAGUUGAAUUGCAAACUAAACUUUCUGAAGCAGUUGUUGAAAUUAAUGAGAGUGCUGCACUUAUAGAAAAAUUGAAAGGAGAGACACAUGAAUCUGUAAAAAGUGUUAAGCGAAAAGAACAAAAAAAUUUAUUUAAAAAAAUACAAGCCGCAAAUGAAAAAAUCUCUAAAUUGGAAAACGCAUUGUCACAAGCACAGGACGAUGCCAUGUCGCAGAGUAGUAAAUUAUGCGAGGUAUUAUCCACAUUAAAAAAAUAUGAAGAUGGAAAUCAGGCUCUAACUAAAGCAUUGAAUGAAAUUAAAGAAUUAAAAAUUAAAAUUGAUCACAAGAACGAACAUAUCGAAGAUUCAGCCAAUGUUAUUAAUAAAUUAGAGAUGUUAAAUUCAUAUCAAGAAAUGGAGAUCUUAACUCUUAGAGAGAAAUUAGGGAUUCCAGAAGAUGAAUCGAUAUCAAUUAAAAGUGUUGUAGCAAAGCGUAAAGAGGAAUCAAAGAAAAUAGAAGAACUUAUUCGGCAAAACAAAAAUCUUGUAGAAGAAAAUUUAGAGUUAAAAUCAGAUAUAAGGAUGUUAAAAUAUAAAUUAAACAAAUCUGAAAAGAUGUUAGACAUUUCAGAUAACUUAGGUGAUUCUAGCAAUCAAUUUUUACAUUCGACUAAAUUAGUAGAAUCGGAAAAUAUACAAAUAUCUGCCAAAACUGAUAUUUCUGAAGUUAAUCAAAAUGUUCAGAUACUCAUAGAAGAAAAUGAGGCGCUUCGAACGGGAAUGCAUGAGAUUAUGGACAGUAUACGCAAUCAAGAUGGUAAGAGUGAAGUGGAAAUACAAUCCAGUACAUUGGAACGAUUAUUGGAAGCUUUAGAUGUUAGACAUUUAGCUGGUUGGUACCAUCCAGCUAUGAGAUUGCAGGAACAUCUUAAUGUUAUACAGGGUAGUAAUGCUGAAUUAAGAUCUCAACUUAAAUCGUUGAGAAGAGAAUUACAAAGGAAAGAUAAUAUUUUACAAGAUCUGGCAGCGAAUAAAGAUAUAGAUUUUGAAAAAUUAUAUGAGAAACAUGGUGAGGAUGAAGUGGUAACAAUGUAUCUUGCAGAAAUGAAAGCUCUGCAAAUGACAUAUAAAAAUGAAACGGAGGAAUGGGAAAAGCAAAAAGAUUUGCUAGUUCAAGACAGUAAUGGGUUGAAAGAUGAGAUAGAGGGUCUUAAAAAGCAACUAGAAAUUUAUAAGAAAAAUUUACAGAUUAUAGAAGAUGGGGAUGACGAAGCUCAGAAAGCCUUCGUGGCAAAAACGAGAGAAUACGCAGAUGCCGUUAACGAAAUAAUAAUUUUGAAUAGGAAAAAUGUUGCUCUCCAACAAUUGCUCACCAAGGAAACUAAUAGAUUGUAUGCAUAUCAAAAAGAAAUAAUUAAAAAAGAGAGUGAUUUUAAUAAAGCGCUUACCGAAGCGAACAGAUAUAGUAAAACGUUGCUAUCGGAAAUUUCACUCUUACAAAGUAAUUUAUGUAAUUCUGUGAGUGUAAUAGUGCAUAACGAAUUGAAAGAUAAAUAUGAGGAACUAAAUAUACGUCAUCGUGGUUUGUUAGAGACUGUAAUGAUAUUUCCCCAGUCAAAUGAAAUGUCAUCUUUAAAGGCUGAAAUAGAGAUGAUAAGACAGGAAAAAAAUCAACUUAUUGAAGAUUUGCGGAAAACAUAUGAUCGGAGUAAUGAUAAUUUACAACAAAGAUUGAGAGAGAUAGAAGCCAAAGAGUUGAUUGAAAAACAGCGAGCUGAUCAGAUAAUCCAAUUACUCGAAAUAUCGCAAGUGCAAUUUACCAAGUACGAAAAUAACGUUAAACAACUUUCCAAUUCUAAUUCUGAAUUGCAAGAAAAGUUGAUUGAGGUACAUAAGACGUUGUCUACAAAGAUAGCGUUGCAAGAAAAUAUACAAAUGGAUGAUAAUCGUGUACAAGAAUUGCAAAAUGAAAAAACGCAAUUUAUUGAAGAGAAUAAAAGUUUGAAAAAAAUGUUACAAAUUUCUGAAGAGGAGGCUCGAUUGCAAUAUUCGCUGAAUUCACUACAAACAUUAGAAUUGGAUAGUCUUAGGCAUCAAAUAUUGGAUUUACAAGCUGUAAGUGAAGACAAGGCCACUAUCUCGAAACUUGAUUUUGAGCUUAGGAGUAAGAAGAUAUCGGAAAUGGAACUAUCUGCACAGAAAAUGCGAUUAGAGAAUGAAUUAUCUUGCUUGCAGCAAGAGCUUGAUAAUUUAAAAGAAAAAUAUGAGGAAAUGCGUGCUUACAUACAGGAUUAUCGAAAACAAUGUGACAAUCGUUGCAAGUAUUAUAUAGAUAUUAUAUAUUUUUUACAAUGCCAAUACGCGGGAUCAACUUCCAUAAGUACUUUAGAAAAAGUAAAUACAUUGUCUGCAAAAGUAAAAAUAGACCGUCAAAAUAUCGACGCAGAAAUGCAAAAGGCAAAAAAAUGUCAUGAAGAUAUUAAAUAUGAACAGCAAUAUUUAUCUGCUCGUCUUGAAAUCGUGGAACGUCUAAAAGAUAUGUUAGAGCAACAAAUUGGCGCUGGAAGUGUUCAAAACAUAAUGGAACAUUAUGCCGAAACUUCACAACAAACUCUAAGUGAUUUUAAAUACAAGAGAAGAAUAGCUCAUUUGGAACAUGAACUCCAAAUUGCUAAUAGCAAAUUCAACGAAUAUGAGUCGGUAAUAAACAGCAUGGAACAGGAUAUGUUAAAUAUUCAAAGAGCUUGGUGUCCACAGCAAGAACGUCAAGCUCAAAUUAGUACAAAUUUUGAGACAAAAUCCAUUCAAGUAACAAUAAGCACUCAAGUAGUUAGUGUUCAAACGGAUCCUUAUAUUUGCUGUUUAAAUCAAAACGUAGAAGAUACUACUAAAGAAAUCGAAAAGGAAACUAUAGUUUUUAAAGAUGUUAAAAAAUCUGUUAAAUUAAACGAAACUACAGAAAAGACAUUCCGAGAAGUUGGAAAUAAUACAGAAGAAAGUGGUAGCUCGGUGAUCCUUAACGAGCAGCUAAAUCAAGCAUUGAAACUCGCGUCGGAACGCUCCGCGAUGCUUAUCAAGUAUGAGUCACAAUUAGCCGAGUAUAAAGCAAAAGUAAACGCUCUGAAUAAAACGAUAAUAGAAAAAGAUUCACAGUAUCAAAUAAAAGUGGAUACUCUGAACAAAGCAAUUGAGGAAAAGGAUUCGCAGUAUCAAACGAAAGUCAAUAUUCUGAAUAAAGCGAUUGAAGAAAAGACCUCGCAUCUUGCACAAAAGGAAAAUAUACUUGACGAAUUAAUGAUUCAACCACAAAUUGCGAAUAUUGAUUGUGCUGACAAGUUGGCUUUGAAGUCAACAAUAAAUAGUUUGCAGAAAUUAAUUAAUCAAAAAGAAGAAACUAUCUUAAGAUAUCAAAAUUUAUUGAAAGAAGACAGGGAUGAGCACAGUCGAGCAGCGAGUCGUUUUCAAGAUGAAAUUAAAAGUUUGCAUGAUCAUAUAUUGACUAUGCAAGGUAAAAUCCGAAAAAAUGAAGAUCCAAUUAUAACUGUAAAAAAUGCUUUUGAAAAAACAUCGACGUCCAAUGAAACAGCAAGAAGUAGUGCUGCGCAAGAAGAAGAAAUUGCGAGAUUGCAUGAGAAGGUAUCCACUUUCGAAGCAGAAUUAAAUAUUAGUAAAGAAUUGAGUGAACGUUGGCAUCGACUAGCAGAGGAAAGACUAAAGCAUAUGGAUCGCAUGCGAGAAAGAUUAGAGCAACAACAUAAAGAUGAAUUGGAGAGUUACUGUGGUGAAUUAAACAAAUGGCAGUCCGAGGCUGAUGCACUUAGACAACAAUUGGCUGAAAAUCGCAUGUUACUCACAAAAGGAAAUAUCUCCUUGAUGAAAGAGCUGCAAGACAAGGAUGACAAAAUACAUGAAUUAACUCUUGCUUGUCAACAAUUACAAAAUGAAGUUCAAUUAAUAGAAUCUGCAAAUCGAUCUCAUCAAGUGACAGUUCAUAAUCGUGGCGAUAUGAAAGCAUACGAAACAACGCACAAUAGUCACCGCGAUCAAACGCAACAACAAAAUCAAAUAGAUGUCUUACGUCGGCAGCUUCAGUCUUUAAUGGAAAAGGAAAAAAUGUACAAAUAUGAAAUAGCCGAUUUGAAACAACAACUUAGUCGUAGAUAUAUGGCGAUAAAAACUCAGGAGAAAAAGACAUCGCAACGUGAAAUGCAGCUUGAGCGCAAAGUCACAGCUUUAGAAGAAGAAUUACAUAAAACAAAAACUCAAUUAGAUCGCGAAUAUUUAGCACAAGAAGCUAAAAGAGUUAAGACUGCAGAAGAACUUUCAUUGUGGGAAAAACAGAAAAAAUGGCAACAGACAGCAGAAAGAUUAAAAGGAAAACUUAAAGAAAAGACUGAUGAAUAUGAAAAAUUGCUUACAAAUUAUGAAAAGCUUCGAUCUGUCGUUUCGUGUAUGGAACGAGAGAAAUGGUAUUUAAGAAGUAAGCUUAAACUUGAAAGCGAUACUGCGUCUGGUACUUCACUAGGAAGACCUAUUUCAAAUAUCCAGCAUAACACAGUGGAAGAACAAUUGGAGAAGGAAUGUCGAAUAUUGAGAGACCGUGUUAAAGAAUUAACUGACCGCCUAGAAAGAGAAAGUAAUGAACAUUUGAUGUUAGAAAUAGCUGAAUUAAAACGGCAUAAUGCAGCUUUGGAGGCAGUUUCUCAGGGUAAUACAUGUGUAAUUAGUCAGCUUGAGAAGUUAGAAACUGCUAAAGAUGCUCUCGAAAAGAUAAACCUUAAAUUAGAAAGUGAAAACUUUGAGUUGCGACUUGAAUUAGAAAGAAUGAAUUCAGAUACUCCGGGAUUGCGAGAAAAAGUCGAACAUUUGGAAAAAUACAUUAAAUUAUUAAAAGCAGAAAAAUCUUCUAACUCCACUCCUAGAUCAUCAGAAAAGGAAAUGCUAGAAUCAAGCAUUAAGAAAUCUACUUUUGAAAUGGAAAAGACAAUAUUCACAUUGAAACGAAUUAUUGAGAAACUUCAGGCAGAAAAUAAAAGAUUGAAAUUUCAUUCCAAGAAAAGUCAUUUUCUAGUCAAUCAAGGAAAAACAAAUACUAUUGAGGGAGAAUUUUCAUUUCAAAAGCUCUAUGAGGAGUCUCAGAAACGUGUAAUCAGUUUAGAGGCAGAUUUACGAUUAGCUGAACAAAGAGUAACUAUGUUAGAAAAAGCUGAGAAAGAGGAUGACAAUGGAGAUUUUCGAAUUUUAAAGCAACAAUUAACUCACAAAUCCGAGCUUUUAGAUAAAGUAAAACAAUUGUUAACACGAGCCGCCUUAAAUGAGAAGAACCUGCGGCAACGCGUGCAGCAGCUGGAAUCAAGGCAAAUCUUAUCAACAAUCCCAGAAUGUUAUGUGACUCCACCUACGCCACAAUAAUAUAUAUUUUGGAAAUAAAUUAUUUAUGUGGAUUUUUGCAAAUGAAAAAAAUACACGUUUAUUGGAAUAUAA